UCCAUCCACGGUAACCUCCUACUUUUUUAAACGAACCUUUGAAAAAACACACCAGGAUGCAGCAUGUUUGGUUCGUUUGCAAAAAUACUUUCCAUCAUAUGCAUAUUAAACAUGCAUUAACACUAAAUUACCGUAUAAUGAUGUUAAAUAAAAUUUUACAAAAAAAGUAACUAUCUAUGUACAAUAUUAUUAAUAUUAAUGAUCUCGCAUGUGUGUAAAUGAAACAGUGAGAGAAGUGGUGUGUUGGCAAUGAUUAGAACGAAAUAGUUCCAUAGCCAAAAUAUAUAUUUUUUGACUUUCCGCGUGUAUUUAAGAAUUUGUUUGGGUAUUUGUUAAGUUUGAACAUUUUUUUAAAUCUCUGGUGAAAUAAAAACGUUAUGUUAACGGUAAAAAAAUAUUACGUGCCGAAACCGUGGUCGCGCAUUAAUAAUGUUAAUAGUCACUUGUUUGUUUUCUCUUUCAGCCGUUUGUCUGCAGUUACGCCAUAUUGCAGUGUGUUUUAAUAUAUUACUGACCGUGAAAUAACGUACAGUUUGUGUUUCAGGAUUUUGUGUUAAUAUUGUGUAUUUUAACUUUGUUAUAUUAUUUAUUAUCUACUAUUGUAAUGAUGGAAUUUGUUAUCGUUUUGAUAUUUUGUGUGGUUCUUGUGAUUGCUGUAAUGGUAAUUGGUUCCGGGAUGGGGAAAGCUACUUCUUCGCAGCGUCAGAUGGAUAUCAUUAACGUCGCUCAGAACUUAUAUGUUUUAAUUAGGAAAGGCGACUUGAAGAAAUGUGACGUUACGCAGACGACCGCGUUUCUUCUCAACAUCGCAAAGUCAACUGUUCUCAAGUACUACAAGAAAGACAUUGAAGAAGUUUCAACACCAGGAAAAAAGAGGAAAAAAAGGCCACAGGAAGGAAAGUCACUUGACACAGUCGACGAUUUCACAGUAAAUGCAAUCAGGAAUGCAAUUUACAGGAUGUACGCUGAAGGUUUGAAUGUUACAGUCGACACCAUUUUGAAAGAAAUCAGGGAAAGACAAAUAGAUUAUUAUGGUGGAAGAUCAAGUCUUCAUAAAUUGUUAAAGAAGAUGGGAUUUUCAUGGACAACUGUUGAUGGACGAAAAGCUUUGAUAGAGAAUGAAAACAUAGUAUUGCAGCGAAUAGAUUUCUUGAGAAAGUAUAAAGAAGAAAAAGAAAGAGGUGCCAAUUUCAUAUUUGUUGAUGAAACAUGGAUUUUCCAGAGAGGCAAGGCAUUAAUUUAUUUGAAAAUUUGUUCUGUGGUCCAAUACAAAGUAUUUCAUUUCCAUUUCAUAUAUUUUUCAGGAACUGUAUCAAAGUCAUGGCAGGACAAGAGUCUACAAUCUGCGAAGAGACGUACUGUUGGAGAUGGUAAAAGGUUUAUUGUUGUUAAUGCUGGAGGGCGCACUGGCUUUGUGCCAGGAGCAGGAUUACUUUUUGUUUCAGGUCAGAAGACUGCAGACUACCAUGGCGAGAUGAAUGGGGAAACUUUCUUGAUGUGGUUUGAAGACAUGUUGGUGCAUCUUGAGGAACCCAGUGUCAUCAUAAUGGACAAUGCUUCAUAUCACAGCACCCAGGUUGAGAAAACACCUACAACGAACUGGACCAAGGAUACACUGAUCGCGUGGCUGGAGAAGAAUGAGAUAAAACAUGAAAAUAAUUUGUUGAAAGUGGAGCUGCUGAGAAUAGCUAAACAAAACAAGCCCCGAAUACGAUAUGAGGUAGACGAGUUGGCUCGUAACUAUGGCCACGAAAUUCUACGACUCCCACCCUAUCACAGCCACUAUAAUGCAAUCGAACUAGUUUGGGCUCAAUGUAAACACCAUUACAAUAGUAACGUGGGGCGGGCCAAGAGAUUUGACAAUGAUGCAGUUGUAGCCAUCUGGAAAGAGGCUCUUGAUGCUUCCACACCAGAGAGAUGGGCGAGGUGUGUGGAUCACGUGGAGAAGCUAAUUCAAGCAGACUGGGAGAGAGAAGUCCACAUAGACAGCGGCACCAUUCCUCCACUCAUCAUCCACCUCGGCAAGGAUAGUUCAAGUGAAGACAGUGACAGCGAAGAAUUUGAGGUUACGACACAGCAAGUAGAUGGAGACAGUGAAGUACUGGCAGUUCCUCUUGAUGAUUUACCCGGGUGUUCUUAUUGAGGUCUGUAUGUAAUAAACACCUGGGCAACUGUAAGUAUUGGGGUUUGAAACAUUUUUUUUUCUUUUAUGCAUUCCCAUUAAGUAUGUUGAUUACUGGAACUUUAUGUAUUAACUUUAUAUUACACAUAUUAUGAUAAAUUUAUAAUAAAUUUCAUUUCUGGAUUCGUAUAGGUGUAUGUGAAACAUUUUAUUUUGUUGUGUGUCUUCAUUUUUCAGUGAACUUACUUGGAAAACAAAAAGCCAGUCCCCAUCCAGGGCCACAAAUAAAUAAUGCAUAUAAGUGGUAUAGAAAUUACUGUCAAUUCUUUACCACAAUUUUACUGUUCAUAAAAUUAUGAUUUUGUCUAAUAAGUAUACUCAGGAAAAUGUAUAUAACCAUAUUUUUAUUUGUGGCCUUAACCGGCAAAAUGGUAGGGGUUUAUUAAAUAAAAGAAGAAAAUUCAUUUUUAAAUGUUUUCAUCUGAAUUUGUUAAUUUUAUUAAACCUUCAAUCCUUAGUCUUUUCCAGAUUGCUUAGAUGGACAGCCAUAUGUAUAAUUUACAAUACUUUUUUUUUCAGAUGCAGAAAACUGUGUUGAACUGUACUAAAGGAUGAUAUUUAUUGCUUACAUAAAUGUUGUAAAUUUAUA